AUGUCGGAACAGGUCGAUCUCACCACCAUCCCUAUCUCCCCUGAAGGCGAGAGCCCAAAGGCAGAAGAGUCUGAUAGCGGCAAGUUGGUCACUGUCUUCCAUGAUAAGGACAACUUCAACGUCAAGCACCCUCUUCAGAACAAAUGGACAUUGUGGUUUACUAAGCCCUCGAGCGGCAAGGGAGAUAACUGGAAUGACCUGCUCAAAGAGGUUAUCACAUUCAAUUCGGUCGAAGAGUUCUGGGGUAUUUACAACAACAUCGCGCCGGUUUCCGAAUUGGCCUUGAAAUCCGACUACCACUUAUUCAAAGAGGGCGUGCGACCGGAGUGGGAAGACCCCCAGAACAAGCACGGCGGCAAAUGGUCGUAUCAAUUUAAGGAUAAGCGCAACGUCGAUAUUAAUGACCUAUGGCUGCAUACGAUGCUGGCCGCAAUCGGAGAGACCCUUGAGGAAGAGGAUGAUGGUGAGGUCAUGGGUGUUGUCGUCAAUGUCCGUAAGGCUUUCUACCGUAUUGGUGUUUGGACUCGAACUAUCGGCAAGAGCAUUCCGGGCCGUGGCGACGGUGAUGUAUCUGGUGGUAAGGGUCGAUCUGUCGAAAAGGGUCAGAAGAUCCUGCAGGCCAUUGGCAAGCAGUUUAAGGAGAUCCUAAAACUACCACCUAACGAGGUUGUCGAGUUUUCCGGUCACACCGAUUCAGCUCAUAGCGGUAGUACUCGAGCUAAGGCAAAAUUCACUGUCUAA